AUGACAAUUACACUUGUAAAUGUAAUUUUAUAUAUCAUUUUAUUCUAUUGUAUCUAUUCAUUUGCCAAAAAGAAUAAAGCAUUCUCAACCAAUGAUCCACCUGGACCAAAGAUUGAAUUACCAAUCAUUGGUAGUUUACAUUUAUUGAGUAGUAAACCUCAUUUAGGAUUUACUAAACUUGCACAAAAGUUUGGUGGAAUUUAUAAAUUAUGGGUAGGUGAUCAUUAUACGAUUGUAGUUAGUGAUCCACAUUAUAUUAGAGAGAUAUGGUUAAAGAACAAUGAUAAUUUCAUUAAUCGACCCAAAUCACCAACCUUUACUGUACUCUCUGGUAACUUUACCAAUCUAGUAUGUGCUAGUGAAAAGAUAUGGCGUCAUAGAAGAGAUUUGGUAGCUGGUGCAUUCACAAAGACAAAACUUAAAACUACUCAAACUAUUGUUGCAAAACAAUGUCAAAGAAUUAUGAAACAAAUGAUGUUAUCUGCUGAAAAGAAAACUCUUUUUAAUCCAAAGAUGAAUUUUAAGAAAUAUUCAAUGAAUAUAAUUUCGAGUAUGGUAUUUUCAAGAGAGAUUGCCUAUGAUGAUGGAGAAGUAUUGUUUGGAAAGGAUUUUGGAAAUAUAUUAAAACAAAUUGAAUAUGUAUUUGGUUUGGGAAAGGCUGGUAAUCCAGGCGAUGCAAUCUCUUUGUUACAACCAUUCUUUUAUUAUCAAAUGAAGGUGAUGGGUACUGAAUUGGAUAAAUUAUUAGAAUUUAUGAAAGAGAUUUAUGAUGAUCAUAUCUUAAAUCUUGAUCCUGAAAACCCAAAAGAUUUAUUUGAUCAUAUUAUAAUAGAUGCAGAUGGAAAAGAUUUGAAUGGUAUACUUAGAGUAGGAGUUGAUUUAUUGUUGGGUGGUACUGAUACAAGUUCCAAUACGAUUGAAUGGUUUACAUUGAUGAUGGCCAAUUAUCCAGAGGUGCAAGACAAGGCCUAUCAAGAGUUACAGUAUAGAAUUGGACAACGUGGAGGAGAGACUAUAGAAGACCAAGAGAAUUGUGGCAAUCGUAUAUUGGUAUCUGAUAGAUUAGAGACACCCUAUGUCAAUGCAAUCAUCAAGGAGAUUAUGAGACUGCAUCCUAUUGGACCAUUGGGUAUUCCUCGUAUGGCCAAAGAAGAUAUUAUGAUUGGUGAAUACUUUAUACCCGCCGGUACACACAUGAUCCAAAACAUACAUGGUCUUCAUCACGACCCGUCUCACUAUGACCAACCAGAAUCAUUCAUUCCAGAGAGAUUUGUCCAUGAUAAUCAUACUAGUCACUAUCUACCAUUCUCUAUUGGUGCUCGUAACUGUCUUGGUAUGCAAGUUGCCGAGAUGGAAAUCUACACCAUCUGUGCCAACAUUCUCAUCAACUUUAAGAUCAAGUCUGUCGAUGGCAAACAAAUUGAUGAUACCGAAUUGUUUGGUUUGGCUGUUCAUCCAAUCGAUUAUAAUAUUCUUUUAGAAAAGAGAUCAAUAUAG